CGGUGUUUGUGCUUUUCUUACACAAUUGAUCUUUUUGCCGGAUUCCAAGGUUUUGUAAUAUUUGAAUAGAUAUUUAAAUGGAAACAUGACGAAGAUCUUACGCGUGAGCAAGUGUUUUCGGCAACAAGAAUUAACAUAACGAUCACGUUACUUACGUAAAUAUCAGUAUAAUUUUCACAAUAAUGUUAUGCACUGACUAUGAUUUAAUAUAACAUAAAUAUAACCUCAAACAUGUUGUCGGAGGUUGAUGUAUUCAUCAGUAACUACACACUGGUAGAUCCUGAAAUUUAUCAGCUUUGGGUCGAUGGUCACUCCUCCAAUGAUGCAGUCAGCAUUUUACAUCAGCGAGGGAUAUGUCAGCAAACCGAUGCACCACUUGAAUUAGUCGCAUCUGACAUACUGGAUCAUUAUCGCACCUAUGCUCUAUUAGAGAAGCUAUUGCACACACCUACAAAGCUUGUCAGUGAGCAACUGGCGUUUCAGAUUGAACCACAAACUAGUCAAAUGCUCAUCGAGAUGUAUUAUGAAUUUGAUGACGUUGUAAUACGUGAAUUAUUGGGAAAAAAGAUAACUUCUAAGAGUAGAAAGGAUAUGGACGAGGUGGCAGAGAAGACAGGAGUUACAUUAAAAAGUUGUCGAAGACAAUAUGACAAUGUAAAGCGAGUGUUCAAAGUUGUUGAGGACUUGCCAGGAUCUUUGGCAGCUAAUAUCAAGCAACACUUCUUACUCUCUGAUGACCUUGCUAAACGAUACGCAGUGGUAGUAUUCAUAGCUUGUUUACGAUUUGAAAUGAAUAAAAGAAAACUGCAGUUUUUGACAUUUCCCGACCUAUAUCACUGCGCUAAUAGUAUGAUGACAUCGUGGACAUAUCGUUGCGUCGGAUCGGACUAUUUCGAUACCGAUUUGGACAGGGAAUUUCUACAGGAAUUAUCAGAAUGCAGAGUGCUCUUGGAAAAUGACAAACAUCACAAACAUUUGGUAUGUAUUAAACUCAAACCAAUGCUCCUCGAGCGAUCCUAUCAAGAAUUAGACAUGAACUUCCGCUCGUAUUCAAGAGCGAUACUAGGAAUUGGAUGCAACCUGCAUAGAUCGCGAGAAUUGAGAUUUUUCUUUCUGGAACUAGUGGAGAGAUGCAUAGAGCCUUGGCGACAAGUCAAUUGGACGCAUUCUGAUCUCCGGAAUUUUUUAGCCGUUUAUACACAGUGUGCCCUUGACAUGGAUGUACUCAGAGAGGGAGAACUGAGAGACGCGUUUGAACGUUAUAUGAUGGUAGUGACAUGCUGCCUUUUGCGUAUGUAUCAUACUUGAUUACUAAUAUACGUGUGUGUAUGUAGAACAUUAUAUUUAUAUAUUCAGGAGUAAAUAAAACAAACUAUACGUGA